AUGAAGAACUCUGGUUCGGAAAGUUGUAUGUUGUUCGCUGAGAGCGAUGAAGACAUGGAGAAGGAUCUGCAUAGAGAUGAGAAUGAUGGAAACGGUUCGGAUUAUUCGAAUGAUUCCAAUGAAAACCAGUCAAUGAGAAAACCCAGCAGCUACAGCAUCGCAUGGCCUCAAAGUUACAGGCAAUCCAUUGAUCUAUAUGGUAGUGUACCAUCACCAAAUAUUGGAUUUCUUGGCACCACAUCACUGUCAAGAUUAGGAAGUUCUUUUUUAUCUUCAUCUUUGACAAGGAAGCAAACUCUUGAAAUAGUACAACCAGAGAAAAAACCACUCCUGCAAACCUCAGACGAGGAGCAACUGCGGAAAUCUAUCAUCAGGAAAGAUGCUUCCAAGGUUUCUCAUGAAGCUCACAUACCUGGUCAAUGCUCUUUUGGACAAGCUGUGCUUAAUGGCAUAAAUGCCCUUUGUGGAAUAGGAAUCCUUUCAACCCCUUAUGCAGUAAAAGAAGGAGGAUGGAUUGGUCUUUCAGUGUUGUUAUUUUAUGCAGUUUUUUCGUAUUAUACUGGUUUGCUCCUGCGUUACUGCUUGGAUAGUGCACCUGGCCUUGAGACAUACCCUGACAUUGGCCAAGCAGCUUUUGGUACCACUGGACGUGUCCUCAUUUCGGCUUGUUGCAUAGAGUACAUAAUUGUGGAGAGUGACAACUUAUCUACGUUAUUUCCAAAUGCAUACAUUAAUUUGGGUGAAAUUGAAGUGAAUGCACACGUACUGUUUGCGAUAUUGACCUCAGUGGCUCUUCUUCCAACCGUUUGGCUCCGUGACCUACGCAUUCUCAGUUACAUCUCAGAACGUAUCGUUGUGGCUGUAGCUUGUGGAGUCAUUGCAACGGUUGUAGUGGUUAUAUGCUUGUUCUGGGUUUGCUUGGUAGACAAAGCAGAGAUUCAUCAUACGGAAGGAACAACAACGACAUCAAUAUUCAAUCUUGCAACUUUUCCUGUUGCAAUGGGUCUCUAUGGUUACUGCUACGCAGGACAUGCUGUGUUUCCAAACCUCUACAUUGCCAUGGCAAAUCGGAAUCAAUUUCCUCGAGUGCUCUUAGUAUGUUUUGUUAUUUGUACAACUCUGUACUGUGCAGUAGCUGUUAUGGGUUACUCAGCAUUUGGAGAAUCAACACUCUCUCAGUUCACUCUCAACAUGCCCCAACACUUGGUAGCUGCAAAGAUAGCUGUGUGGACAACGAACAUUCCUAGAGUAGACACUUUAUGUCUUGUUCUUUCUCUAGCUUUCUCUUCUUUGGAGGAGUUGAUACCACCAACCAAUCCCAACUUCAACAUAUAUUCCAAGCUCAUUAGAACAGCUCUAGUAGCUUCUACACUUCUUGUUGGUCUUUCAGUUCCCUUUUUUGGUUUGGUUAUGUCAUUGACUGGAUCUUUACUCACAAUGUUUGUUUCCUUGAUUCUUCCUGCUGCUUGUUUCCUAAGCAUAAGGGGUGGCAGAAUGUCACACUUUCAGGUAGCACUUUGUGUUACAAUUAUAACAGUAGGGGUUGUAUCAAGCUGUUUCGGAUCUUACUCAUCCCUCUCCGAGAUCAUUGAGCAAUUGUUGGGAUGA